CCUUCCUCUGCUCCCUCCCCCCUCGUUGCCAAGCGCAAUAAAUCCCUCCUUCCCCGAAUCUCUCGUCGAAGCAAAUGCAGCAGAGGUUCCUGAAUGGCAUCCAGGGGAAGGUCGAAUCUUGUGGGUGUGAAUGGAGGCCGAGGAGUCGGAGGCCUGAACAAUGCCCGCUUGGGUGUCGCGGUGGGUGAGGGGUCGGGCCUGAAGCACAACCCGGGCUCGUCGACGUAUUGGACGGAGGCGGAGCGGGCCAUUUUCGAGGAAGGCGUUAUAGAAUUUGCUUCAGAACCGAGCAUCGACCAAUAUGCCACAAUUGCCAAGAAGUUGCCAAAUAAAACAAUUCGAGAUGUGGCCAUGCGCUACCAAUCACUGACUGCUUUAACCAAAAUGCUGCAGACUUGUUUAUCCGACCAGUGACUGUUGUGGACAACAAAACACAAACUGGAAAGGCAUUUUUCACUUUAAUUAAGGAUAUAUACAGCUUCAUAUAUCUUCUAAUUGUUCUAACUUUUGUUACUUGUUCUGCAGGUUAAAUUUUAUCCUGAAGCAUUGAGACAAAUGCCAACUCUCCAACUCUACCGCUUCAUGUUAAUGUUGUUGAAUAGCUUGCCAACUCCAUCCUCCAAACAAUUUUGUGGUCUAUGUAUGUAUCACGAUGUCCGCCGUCAUUUCCGAUGAAAGAUUAGAUGACUGGAGCUGGCACAUGGUCCUCUUAGCUGAUAAAUGAUCUAAAACCAUGUCCUCUUGCAUCGGUUAUAAACUUCUUUUCUCUUUAUUGGUUCAGUAUAUAGAGUUUUCAGUAGAUUGUCAUAGUAGCUGCAGAUGUAUAUAACCUCAA